ACCAAAUUUCCCCACUUUACAAAACCCCCUCCAGUCCCAAUCCACCAACCGCCUUUUAAAACACGAUCACCACUCAACCUCUCUCUCAGUCUUUCAAAAAUGGCCUCUGCGCCCAAUCUCCUCCUCUCCGCCGUGCUCCUGCUAACGUACGCCUGGUGCGUACUGUGCAUCCAGCGCUGCCCAGACUGCGGCAACACCUCCGUGCCCUACCCGCUCAGCACAGCCCCCACGUGCGGCGACCAGUCGUACAAGAUCAGGUGCGACGCGGGCGCGCUCGUCUUCGACACCCUCAACAACUCCUACCCAAUCACCUCCAUCUCCCCCUCCUCCCAACGACUCGUAGUCCGGCCCUCGAGCUUCGUCUCCAACACCUGCGUCACAUCGGAUAUAACCCACCAGGGCCUCAAGCUCAACGACUCGCUCCCUUUCAACGUCACCAGCAGCAACACCAUCCUGUACCUCAACUGUACGGACACUCUGCUCCGAUCGCCUUUGAACUGCACGUCGUCGAGCCUCUGCCACUCGUACGUCAACGGAAGCACUGCCAGGGCGGUGGGCCCCUGCGAGGCAGCUCCGCUUUGUUGCACUUUUCGGGCGGGCGGUUCGUCGACCUCGUAUAUGAUUCGGGUCAGUGACUCGGGUUGCAGCGCGUACACGAGUUUUGUGAAUUUGGAUCCGGUUUUGCCCGUUGACAGGUGGCCCGAACCGGGAGUGGAGAUACAGUGGGUGGCUCCCAGGGAGCCGGUGUGCGGGACCCAGGCGGAUUGUGAGAGCGAUGGAGGGAAGUCGACGUGUGGGCCCGACCCGGCUGUCGCUGGGGUGAGGAGGUGCUUCUGUGACUCUGGCCUUGUGUGGGACCCUGUGGCUGGGUUAUGUGUUGAUGAUAGCAUUGGUUCAAAGGACAAUACUGCACUCAUAGCAGGUUUAACUUCUGGGAUUGGUGCAGCACUAGUUGCAGCCACCAUUGCCAUUCUACUCUACAAGCGCCACAGACGCAUCAAGGAAGCUCAAGCUCGCCUCACCAAAGAGCGUGAAGAGAUCCUGAAUGCCAAUGGAGGCAGAGCUGCAAAAGUCUUCACCGGAAAAGAGAUCAAAAGGGCAACAAACAGCUUCGCCAGAGACCGCCUCCUAGGCGCCGGUGGCUACGGUGAAGUCUACAAAGGAUUUCUUGAAGAUGGCACUGUGGUGGCUGUCAAGAUUGCCAAGCUUGGAAACACCAAAGGCACUGACCAAGUCCUCAAUGAGGUCCGGAUUCUGUGCCAAGUUAACCACAAGAGCCUUGUUCACCUACUUGGUUGUUGCGUUGAGCUAGAGCAGCCAAUUAUGGUCUACGAGUACAUUGAGAAUGGAACUCUUCUCGAACAUUUGCAAGCUCGAAAAGCCGGAGGCUGGAAACAUCUGUCCUGGACACAGCGUCUACAAAUUGCUCAUGACACGGCCGAGGGUCUUGCCUAUCUCCAUUUCUCAGCAGUCCCUCCAAUAUACCACCGCGAUGUGAAGUCUAGCAACAUUUUACUCGAUGAGAAGCUGAAUGCCAAGGUUGCUGAUUUCGGGUUAUCCCGCUUGGCUCAAACCGAUUUAAGCCAUAUAUCAACAUGUGCUCAGGGAACACUUGGAUAUCUUGAUCCUGAAUAUUACAGGAACUAUCAAUUGACAGACAAAAGCGAUGUUUAUAGCUUUGGAGUUGUGUUGUUGGAGCUUUUGACAUCUCAGAAAGCUAUAGACUUCACCAGGGAAGCGGAUGAUGUAAACCUGGCAGUUUACACGCAGAGGAUGAUGGCAGAGGAGAGGAUAAUGGAUGUGAUUGAUCCUGUGAUGAAAGAGGGAGCCAAGACUUUGGAGCUGGACACCAUGAAGGCAUUGGGGUUCCUGGCAUUGGGUUGCUUGGAGGAACGCAGACAGAACCGGCCUUCCAUGAAAGAAGUUGUUGAGGAGAUUGAGUACAUUGCAAGCAUUGCCACAGCCAAGGCUGUAGAGAUCUAGCUUCUUGUUUUGUUUGAGUUUGCGGUAGGGUCUAUAAACAAAUAAACUCUUGAAA